AUGGCGUCCUUGUACAUGUCCCUGGCGGCGAGCAACGACGAGUGGGAGGCGGCGGCGCCGACGGCGUGCGUCGACGGCAAGCAAGUGCGGCUGUUCCAGUGCCUCUUCUGCGACAAGACGUUCCUCAAGUCGCAGGCGCUUGGCGGCCACCAGAACGCGCACCGGAAGGAGCGCGUCGCCGGCGGCGCCCACAACCCUUACGCCCCCUACUACGCCGCCGCCGGUGAGCCCACUGCCGCUAGGUCCAUACCAUUCUCCUUGCACGGACACGGCUUCCGCGCGGCGCCGGCGCCCGCCAACGUCGGCGGACUCGGGCCCGAGUGGUGGGCGAGCGGCGGCGGCGGCGCGCCGCGCUUCACAUCCGCCGGCCGCGACGACACGGUGGACAUGCUCAACUGGAAGAGGGCCUCCCACGCCUCAGUUGCAACAAGCUCUGGUUAG